UUCUCCGGGCACGUGCGUCCGGACAGCGGCGCUCGUCGUGUGACGUCACCCCUCUUAUCUCCCGCCUCGCGCGGACUUUCCCCCCGGUCGCCCCGGACUCCUCCGGACUCCUCCGGACUCCUCCACCGCAGCAACAACCGCAGCAGCAGCAGCGACAUGUUCCCCGCCGCGGCCCCCGGGACCCCCUCCGCGCCCCGGCCGGACCCUGCGCCCGCCGCCCGGGAGCAGGUCCGCCCGGUGGACCGGAGAGCGGCCGCGCGACAGGUGGAGGCGGGUCCGGUCCAGGUGGAGGUGGAACGCUUCCAGGCGGAGGAAAGCGUCGUGCACGCCGGGAGGUUCGGCUUCGACAACCCGGCCUACGAGUUCGGCAGCCAGAGCGAGCUCCGCCCCCCGCCUCACGCCUUUCGGCCCGUCGCGGUCACUGAGCAGCAGGUCCAGGACCCGGGCUUCGCCUCGCCGGACGGCCGGGCGGAGACGGGCGGAGCGGAGGCGCCCGGCCGCACCGUGACGGUGUGGAUCGGCGGGAUGACCUGCGGCUCGUGCGUGCGCUCCAUCGAGGGGAGGAUCUCGGAGCUGGAGGGGGUCCGCUCCAUCCGGGUGUCUCUGCAGGAGGAGAAGGGGACCGUCACCUUCGACCCCGGGCUGACCGACCCGGAGCUGCUGAGGGCCGCCAUCGAGGACAUGGGCUUCGACGCGUCGCUCCACGAGUCCGCCAGGAGAGAGGACGGCCCCCGGCCGGUGACCUCUGACCCCUCUCAGCCUGCUGGCUCUGCGUCGGCGGCCUCCUCCCCUCAAGCCAAAGUGCAGAAGUGCUUCAUCCGGGUCACCGGGAUGACCUGCGCCUCCUGCGUGUCCAACAUCGAGAGGCACCUGCUGCGACACCAGGGGGUGGUGUCGGUGCUGGUGUCGCUGAUGGCGGGGAAGGCGGAGGUGAAGUACGAGCCGGGCGCGCUGCAGCCGGCGGCGGUGGCGCAGCUCAUCGCAGACCUGGGCUUCGGCGCGUCGCUGAUGGAGGACGGCGCUCAGACCCAGGGCCGGGUGGAGGUGACGGUGUCUGGCAUGACCGGCGCCUCCUGCGUGCACGCCGUCCAGUCGCGGCUCGCCGCCACCGCCGGCGUCCUCGCCGCCUCCGUCUCCCUGGCGACCGGCAAGGCCCAGGUGCACUUCGACCCCGAGGUGCUGGGGGUCCGCGACGUCGUCCGGAUCGUCCAGGGCCUCGGGUUCGAUGCCAGCGUGGAGAGGACGGGCAGCAGGAGCAACCUGGACCACACGGACGAGAUCCGACAGUGGAAGAACUCCUUCCUGCUCAGCCUGGUCUUCGGCCUGCCCGUCAUGGCGCUCAUGAUCUACAUGAUGGUGAUGGACGCCCGGCACCAGCAGCACGGGGGCGCCAUGUCCCAGGAGCACAACCUGCUGCCGGGGCUCUCGCCGCUCAACCUGGCCUUCUUCCUGCUCUGCACGCCGGUGCAGAUUUUCGGAGGUCGAUAUUUCUACAUCCAGGCGUUCCGCUCCCUCCGACACCGGCGGGCCAACAUGGACGUGCUCAUCGUGUUGGCCACCUCCAUCGCCUACGCCUACUCCUGCGUGGUGCUGCUGGUGGCCAUGGCGGAGCGGGCGCCGCAGAGCCCCGUCACCUUCUUCGACACGCCGCCCAUGCUCUUCGUCUUCAUCGCUCUGGGCCGCUGGCUGGAGCACGUGGCCAAGAGUAAAACCUCGCAGGCUCUCGCCAAGCUGAUGUCGCUGCAGGCGACUGAAGCCACCGUGGUCACGCUGGGGGAGGAUCACUGCAUCGUCAGGGAGGAGCAGGUGGCGGUGGAGCUGGUGCAGAGGGGGGACGUGGUGAAGGUGUCCCCGGGGGGGAAGUUCCCGGUGGACGGGAAGGUGAUCGAAGGCAGCUCCAUGGCGGACGAGUCUCUGAUCACAGGAGAGCCCAUGCCGGUCAGCAAGAAGGCGGGCAGCCUGGUGAUCGCCGGCUCCAUCAACGCCCACGGCGCCCUGCUGGUGGAGGCGUCCCACGUGGGGGCGGACACCACCCUGUCGCAGAUCGUCCGGCUGGUGGAGGAGGCGCAGACCUCCAAGGCCCCCAUCCAGCAGCUGGCGGACAGACUGAGCGGAUACUUCGUUCCGUUCAUCGUGCUGAUCUCGCUGCUCACGCUGCUCGCCUGGCUCGCCGUCGGCUUCGUCAACUUCGACAUCGUGAAGGAGAACUUCCCGGGCUACAACCAGAACAUCUCCCAGGCGGAGGUGGUGGUCCGCUUCGCCUUCCAGGCCUCCAUCACCGUGCUCUCCAUCGCCUGCCCCUGCUCGCUGGGCCUGGCCACGCCCACCGCCGUCAUGGUGGGCACCGGGGUGGGGGCGCAGAACGGGAUCCUCAUCAAGGGAGGGGAGCCGCUGGAGAUGGCCCACAAGAUCGGCGUGGUGGUCUUCGAUAAGACGGGGACCAUCACCCACGGCGUGCCGCGGGUCACGCGGGUGCUGGUGCUGUGGGAGGUGGCCCGGAUGCCCCUGAGGAAGAUCCUGGCGGUGGUGGGCACGGCGGAGGCCAGCAGCGAGCAUCCGCUGGGCACGGCGGUGGUGCGGCACUGCCGACAGGAGCUGGGCACCGACACCCUGGGCUACUGCUCACACUUCCAGGCGGUGCCCGGCUGCGGCAUCAGCUGCACCGUGUCCGGACUGGAGCACCUGCUCCACGGCCCCCAGGACCGCGCCUUCCCGUUGCCCGGGGCAACCACGGACCACAGCAGCCUGCUGUCCAACCCGGAGGAGCCCGGGGCGGCCCUGGCCGACGCCGACGCGGCGAGCUACGCCGUCCUGAUCGGGAACAGGGAGUGGAUGAGGAGGAACGGGCACCACAUCGGCGCCGACGUGGACGCCGCCAUGACCAGCCACGAAACCAAGGGCCAGACGGCCAUACUGGUGGCCAUCGACGGCGUGCUGUGUGCCAUGCUGGCCGUGGCGGACACGGUGAAGGCGGAGUCUGCGCUGGCCGUCCACACGCUGCAGAGCCUCAACAUCGAGGUGGUGAUGAUCACCGGGGACAACCGGCGCACGGCCAAGGCCAUCGCCGCUCAGGUGGGGAUCAGGAAGGUGUUCGCUGAGGUGCUUCCGUCCCACAAAGUGGCCAAGGUGCAGGAGCUGCAGGAGCGCGGUCUGCGCGUCGCCAUGGUGGGGGACGGCAUCAACGACUCGCCCGCCCUGGCCCGCGCCGACGUCGGCAUCGCCAUCGGGACGGGCACGGACGUGGCCAUCGAGGCGGCCGACAUCGUGCUGAUCCGGAACGACCUGCUGGACGUGGUGGCGAGCAUCGAGCUGUCCAAGAAGACGGUGCGCCGCAUCCGCAUCAACUUCCUGCUGGCCCUCGUCUACAACAUGCUGGGGGUCCCGGUGGCCGCCGGCGUGCUGAUGCCCGCCGGCCUGGUGCUGCAGCCGUGGAUGGGCUCGGCCGCCAUGGCGGCCUCGUCCGUGUCGGUGGUGCUGUCGUCGUUGCUGCUGAAGCUGUAUAAGAAGACGUCGGCGGAGCUCCACCAGGUGCGGGCUCGGGGCCACAUGAGGAGCCUCCGCUCCUCCCAGAUCAGCACGCACCCCGGCGUGGACGCCCGCCACAGUGGCCCCGCCUCCGGCGGCGACGUGGCGCUGAGGCCUCUGGGCCAGCUCGCCGCUGCCUCGGCGCCCAGCUAGGAGCGUCCGGCAGAGAGAGGAGUAAAGGGAAGCAGCGGCGUGGAGGAGACCCCGACACGCCGCGCCGUCUUCAUAAAUACAUGAACAACGUCACUGAACUGUAACAAAGGAUUGAACACAAACACUCAUCAAGGCCGCGUGAAGGAGAAAUGCUCCAUCCGCUGUUCUUCUGGAGGCGGUAUGUCCACGUGUGGCCACCAGGGGGAGCUGCUGCAGCACAAUGAGUGUGACUGCUGCUGGACCUGAACGUUUGCAGAUUAGUGUGUCAGUCUGUUUUAAAAGUACGCAACAAGGCCGAUUUCUUUGUUUUUUGUUGUUUCAGAAAGGCGUCUGGGUUUAAGAUCAGGAACAGGCCUGCUUCUAGAGCGGGCUCAUAUUUAUUGAUGAUGGAUCAAUUCUCAAGUCUGCAGAAAUGUUUUGGUUUGUCCCAUUUAUGGGAAAAUGCAUCCAAACUGAUCAGGAAGGGGUUUAUCGUGCAGCAGGACAAUGACCCGAAAAGCAAAGGGGGGCGGCGGAAAGUGGAAAGUUCAGCCUGACCUAAAUCCGAAAGAACCUGAAUUUCACCAUGACCAGAGGAGACUGAAGGGAAAAUCCCCCAAAAACGAACCAGAGCUGUCAGGAGCUGCGCUGAGCGGCCUGGAGCGGCGUCGCAAAUGAAGACCGCAGCAGUUCGGUGUGUCGACGGGUCUCCGGCUUCAGGCCGUUGCUGCAAACAAGAGUUAUAACACCAAAUAUGAAUGUUAUUUACUUUAGGAUUAAAUGGUUGAAUAGUUUUUGCUCAGUGGUCGGACACAAGCAGCGAUGAGUCUGAAGUCGAGUCACACAUCUAGAUGUAAAAACCAGGAAAUGAAAUGUCUGGAAACUGGUCUUGUCGUUAAAGUCGUUGUGGAGGGGACUCCAGGGACUGUCAGAAGAGUUUUAGUUUACGGUUAACUCAUUUUAACUAGUUUUAGGCUGUUUCUUAAGCGAAGAAGAACAAUUUGUGGGCAUUUUUCCUUCCUGUCGGAUUAAUUAAGGCAGCUCAAUAAAACAAGAUUGUUUGUUUUCUACGGUCUGAAACAAAUCUUCGUUUAGUCUUAAAGUGGAUUUUAACUGCAAUAUAGACUUUCCAGCGAACAGGAGGCAGACAGUUAGACAGAUCACACUGUGGUCUUCACAGAUGCUCGUCUCCUCACACACCUCGGUUUUGGCUCGUGGCUGAUUGAGUUUCUGUCAUCUCCACCCAGUCUGUCCAUUCACCUUUGACCUCUGGAGUCAACAAAGUCCCAAAGAACUGCUGCUCACUGGAUACUUUCAUGCUGUGGAAAGGUUCAGAGUCACUUAAACCCUCUGUCUUCAUCUUUCUCGUGCUCAUUCUGAACCUUAGCAGCUCUUUUUCGCUGUGUUUUUGUUGUUGAAAUAUUUGUCCUGAUGGGAGGUUGGAACAGGUGUACCAAAUAAAGCGGCCUGUGAAUCUCGCCUUUCAGCCUCAGCCGUUUGUACUUUUGCUUUGCACCAAUUCUGACGUGUCUUUAGGUAGUUUCGGCCUUUAAAUCAACUCUGAAUCGACCGUUCGCUUGUUUUAAGUCUUUUAGCCUCUAUUGGUCAGCUUUUAGUUCAGCUUUAUACUCGUUUAACUUCCUUUGGACGGGCUCACUGAGCCCACUGUUUUUAUUCUGUGUGU